CAACAGGUCUACAUCGGCUCGGCAGUUGGAGUCUCCCAGCUGCCCCUGCACCGCUGCGACGUCUACGGGAAAGCCUGCGCGGAGUGCUGCCUGGCCAGGGACCCCUAUUGCGCUUGGGACGGGGCUUCCUGCUCCCGCUACUUCCCCACGGCCAAGAGGCGCACCAGAAGACAGGACAUCCGGAAUGGAGACCCUCUCACUCACUGCUCAGACCUCCAACAUCCCGGCAACCCGAGCGGGGGUGGGCUGGAGGAGAAGAUCAUCUACGGCGUGGAGAACAGCAGCACUUUUCUGGAGUGCAGCCCAAAGUCCCAGCGUGCCCUGGUCUACUGGCAGUUCCAGAAGCCAACCGAGGAGAGGAAGGAAGAGAUCAAAGUAAACGACCGCUUGAUCCGGACAGAGCAAGGCCUUCUCCUGCGGAGCUUGCAGCGGAAGGAUUCGGGACUCUACUUCUGCUACGCGGUGGAGCACGGCUUCAUGCAAACCCUUCUCAAGGUCACCUUGGAGAUCAUCGACACGGAACACCUGGAAGAGCUUCUUCACAAAGAAGAAGAAGGAGGAGACGGUGCCAAGGCCAAGGAGGCCUCCAACGGCAUGACUCCCAUCCAGAAAGUCUGGUACAGAGACUUCAUGCAGCUCAUCAACCACCCCAACCUGAACACAAUGGAUGAAUUCUGCGAACAGGUGUGGAAACGGGACCGGAAACAGCGCCGGCAGAGACCUGCUAAUGCCCAGGUGAACCCAAACAAGUGGAAGCAUCUACAGGAAAAUAAGAAAGGGAGAAAUAGAAGGACCCACGAGUUUGAGAGGGCGCCGCGAAGCGUCUGAGCGACAAUUACCUCCAAAAAAAGCCCUCUUUUAUCAAGUAAAACCUUGCAUAACUGGAAAUGAGAUGCAAUACAGACGAACGUUUUCUAUGGCAUUUACGUGGAUGUUUACAAAGAGCUGGGAAGCUUGAAUGAUUUCCACUUGGUUGAAAAUGGGCCCGGUUUGCUGAAACGUUUCCCAUUGGGCUCGUCUCAUUGACCCCCCAACAUUUCUGGAACGUAAGCUGACUCUGAAACCAGCGUGUGGUUUUGCAGUGAGAUGAACUUGGCUUUUCUCUUUGGACUGAAGAAAAGAGGACUGUCGUGGGUCAUGCCGCCAUUUUGAAAAGGAGUUAUGAGGAGAGAGAGAGAGAGAAACGCUCCCUGGGACCUCUUGAACUUGACUAAAGUACUGCAUGGAUUUUGGAAAGCUAAGGAACAGAACCUUCAGACUUGGUUGUAUGCAAGACUUAUACACCCCUUUUGCCUACUAGUUCUCAUGUUUAUAAAUGUGCUGGAAGAAUGGAAUUAAUACUGUAUGCAAUUACUCCUUAGAGUCAGAUGGAGCCCAACCAUUCAUUCCCUGAAGCCGAUGGAUUAUUCUGGCCCUACUACUGAUGACUCCCUAACCUUUGACUUAAAGAUGUAUUUUAUUAAACAACUAUUUAAAUAUACCACAACCAAUAUGCAGUCAAAGAUAGCUCUUUUGGGGGGCAGAGGGGGGGG